AUGGACGCACCCCUCAAUUUCGAUUCCGUUGGUCGUGAAUUCGACAAGUGGCUCGAUUGGAACGGGUCGGUCAACACUACAGAUAGCAACAUCCUGACGAACAAAGAUGCUGUCGAGCCUGGCAACACCUUCCAUCUUCCAAUAUCCCCUUCAUCCACCGCCAACGGCGAUACCCACAACCCCUUUCUCAAGAACGAACUUCUCACCGCCCCUCAUCCUAUUGAUAUCUUAACCCCCCGGCACAGUUCGGCUUCUCCUGAAUCGCGUUCGAGCAUUGAUAUAAGAUUGAGCGGAGACACUCUACGUGAGCAGCAUUCUCCCACCGAACACCCCAUGCUCAAGCGAAAACUCUCGCCUUCCGACGUGCCCACCACCGACUACUCGAAAGAUGCCCAAGUCCCGGCCGCAAAGAAACGUCCGCAUAAUGUCAUUGAGAAGCGUUAUCGAGCUAAUUUGAACGAAAAGAUCGCCGAACUGAGAGACAGUGUUCCCAGCCUUCGCAGUAUCAAGAAGCCAAAGGGGCGAGAUGCGGACAAUGCCGAUAGUGAUGACGAAGAUCUCGAUGGCCUUGCCCCCAGUAACAAGCUCAACAAAGCUUCCAUUCUGACCAAAGCAGUCGAGUAUAUCCGACAUCUCGAGUUUCGCACAAAACGCCUCGAAGACGAAAACAAGGCUCUCAAAGAACGCCUCGAAACCUUGGACAAGGUCAUUGCGGAGGGCGGUCAGGAUGCCCAAAGAACAGCCGCAUUCACCAGCAACACGGUCAUAGAAGAAUCCUCUGAGACUGUAUCUGCUGAAGGCCUCCCGACAGCAGAUCUGUCAUCCUCAACCCCAGCACAGGGGCUUAUUCCCCUCCCUGAUGCAUGGCGGCGAAUGCGCGAAAGCCAGUCUCAGGACCAUUAUGGUCAUAUUUAUCAGACCAAUUCUGAACGAGCUCGUUUCAAGGGCAAAUGGCCCACUCGGAUAUUGUUGGGCUCGCUUGCGGGACUCAUGAUCAUGGACGGUCUCACCGAGUCAGAUACUGGCACGGAAUCUCGUGAAAAGGGUCUUUUUGGCAUUCCACUCGAGCUUCUCGAUGGGUGGCAGUUUCUACGAUCUCCCAGAAUCUAUCUUGCUGCGUUCAGCCAAUUCUGUCGGACUGGAGGCAUCAUUCCGCUCGUGAAAGGAUUCGUCGCUCUGACUGUCUUGGCUUUUCUUAUUUUCUCCUACCUAUUCAACUCGAAACCAGCACCCAAGGACGAUCUCGAAGAACUCGGCACCGCUUCACAGCAGGCUCCCGCCCCAGCCUCCCCGAUCGAAGUCCGGCGCAGGGCGUGGAGCACGAGCAUGCAAGCUCUUCACCUCCCCCACCAUAGCUUCUUCCCGGAAUGGCUUGCUAUAACUUCCGAGUGGUUCAAAUACACAUUUGGCUACAUUUUCGGCCCUCGUGCCUACGCAUGGCUUACUAAACGGACCGCUGAGGAUGACGUGGCCCGGAUCAAAGCCUGGGACAUCGCAAUCGAUGCUCAACUAGCUGGCGGAGAUAUUGAAGUCAGUCGAAGUCGAGUUGUUCUAACCAUUUUCGGCUCUGGCACAUUGCCUUACACCCCCCUGAGGCUAAUGCUGAAAGCGCUCCACUGCCGAGUUUUACUGUGGAACGUGGGCUCACUCGGAACAGCGACAUCCAGAAUCGCUAACCGCGUUGGGCAAUAUUUUGCAAACAGACAAUGGCGGCGAGCCAAGGCUUCUCAUGACCAGCUACCACUUCAACAUUCAGAUCGACUUCCCCGCUAUCUGUCGGAGAUGCUUGAUUUGCCCUGUGACGAUGUGCUCCUCGACACGGUCUGCCAAAGGGCAUACAAUUUGAUGUACGAUCGACCAACACAGGAGCAUUCGUCAAAUAAGCUUCUUGAUGUUGUGGUUGACGACCACGCGGUCCGAUCACCGCUUGACGCCGUCGCUGCAUGGCGAUCAACCCAUUCUUUGACCCAAGCGUUGGAAUUGACUAUUCAGUUCCCUGACUCCCCUGAACUUGCACAAGAACAUCUCAACCACGCGUUGAGAAUUGCUCCCAUAGGGUCUACAGCUGAGACAAGGGCGUUGGCAGCAAGCUCAGUUUUCUGUACCGCCAACCGACUUGCUUUUUUCACACGCGCCUCGCAGGCAAUGGAAACCACUCUCCCUCCCGAGACCAAGGUGACCAUGCAGACCCAACCACCAUAUUUCAUCGAUUCCUCCACUCCGUUGUCGGCAAGAGCCGAUAUUAUCAACUGCCUGCACUGUGCUAAAACUCUGCAGAUUCUUGAUGGUGAGGGAAAUGCUCAGAAAGCUCUGGCCUUCUUUUCUUCCAAGAAUAUCCAUUCCACCUCUACAAAUCUUAUGACUCAAGCUGCUGCUAAGAUUCUUCUCCGACGCUUGUCGGGCAUAGAAAUACCAGUCGCAGCUGGUGGAGAAGAGGUUCGAAAUCUGCUUAACGAAAUUACUUGCGCCGCUGACAUUUUGGAUGUUGUAAGCGCCGUGAAAGUCUCAAGACGAUCCAGCGUCCUCAGUGAUGACACUGGAUAUGCCAGCCAGGAUGACUCUAUCUCAUCGUGGGGUCUGGACCAGGAUCUACGAUGUGAAACUGUGUCUCCUGCCAUCGCGACCGAAUUCGUGGUGUAA